AUGACCCACCUCGUGAUCGCCGGUGUGACCGGCGUAGCCGGCCUCGCCACCUACCGCGCCGCGCUCGCCGACCCCGCCGUCUCCCGCAUCACGCUGCUCACCCGCCGCGUGCUCCCCGACUGGAUCGCCGCCUCCGCCUCCGCCUCUUCCUCGAGCUCUUCUUCCCCUUCUUCCCCUUCUUCCCCUCCUCCCGCCUCUCCCUCCGCACCCCCGGCACUCCCCGAGACCGAGGUCGUAAUCCACCCCGACUUCGGCACGUGGCCGCCCGCGCUCGCCGCGCGCCUCGCCGCCGCGGACGCGCUCGUCUGGGCCGUCGGCGUGCCCGUGUGGAGCGCGCCGCGCGCCGCGUACGAGGCGCUCAUGGUCGCCUGCCCGCUCGCCGCCGCGCGCGCGAUCCGCGACGCCCGCGGCGAGGGCGAGGGUGAGGGCGAAGGGGAGAGGAGGAGGAGGCUGUUCCGGUUCGUGUACCUCAGCGGGCUCAACGCGGACCCGACGGGCCGGUCGAUGCAGUACUCCGCGCAGGUCAAGGGACGCGUCGAGCGCGAGCUCGCCGAGAUCUGCGGCUCGACGGCGGGGGCGGCGGGGAUGCGCGCGGCCGCCGUCCGCCCCGGGUACUUCUUCCCGCCCAAGGAGCACGCGGAGGCGCGGGCGCGGCAGCGCGGGGUGCUCGCGCGGGCACUGGACACCGUGCAGACGCCGCUGCUGUCGGCGGUCGCGCCGGGGAUCUACACGCCGCUGGAGGUGCUCGCGCGGUUCGUCGUCGAGCUCGGCAAGGGGCGCUGGCCCGAGCGCACGGUGUUCCCGAACGUGGAGAUGAGGGCGCUGAUGGAGGACGGCGCUGCGGCGUGA